AUGAAUUUGCUUCGCUCUUCAUGUUGAAACACUUCUUCAGAACUUAUGAACAAAUCCUGGAAUAAAGAGUUUGCUUAUCAAACCCUCAGAGUUGUGGACACAGCCCUCCUCUCCGCCAUGAUAGGGAUUAUCUGCUCAACAGGCCUGGUUGGCAGGAUCUUCACUGUACUCACCAUAAUAAGGUUGAGGAAAAAAACUAUUCCUGACAUUUAUAUCUGAAUCCUGGCUGUGGCCGAUCCGGUCCACACCAGUGGAAUGCCUUUCCUCAUCCACCAGUGGGCCCGGGGAGGAGAGUGGGUUUCUGGUGGAGGGCCUUUCUGCACCAUCAUUACAUCCCUGGAUACCUGCAGCCAGUUUGCCUGUAGUGCCAUCAUGACUGUAAUGAGCAUGGACAGGUACUUGGCUCUCCUCCAACCAUUUCAACUUGCAAGUUGGAGAAAGAGGUACAAGACCAUCCACAUCAUUUUGGGCCUCUGGGCAGCUUCCUUUAUUCUGGCAUUGCCUGCCUGGAUCUGCUCAAAGGUCAUUGAAUUUAAAGAUGGUGUGGAGAGUUGUGCUUUUGAUUUAAUGUCCCCUGAUGAUAUACUCUGGUACACACUUUAUUUGACAACUUUUUUCUUCCCUUUGUCCUUAUUUUUGGGGUGCUAUAUUUUAAUUUUAUGCUAUACUUGGGAGACGUAUCAACAGAAUAAGGAUGCCAGAUGUCACAGCCCCAGUAUUCCAAGGCAGAGAGUGAUGAAGCUGACAAAGAUGGUGCUGGUGGCGGUCUUUAUUCUCAGUGCUGCCCCCUAUCACAUCCUACAACUGCUGAACUUGUGGAUGGAGCAGCUCACACUGGUUUUCUAUGUAAGCUAUUACCUCUCCAUCUGUCUCAGCUAUGCCAGCAGCAGCAUUAACCCUUUCUGCUACAUCCUGCUGAGUAGAAAUUUCCAGAAACGCCUACCUGGAUAGCAAAGCUGAGUGGCUGAAAGGGAAAUCCACCACAUGGAAAACACUUUGAAAUCAAGAUUUUAG